AAAAUAACCGAAUCACUCUCCAAUCUCACCAAUUAUCUUUCAUCUAUCAAAUUUACAGUGGAAUAAUACAAACCUUAUCUCAAACCCUCAUUAUUGCAUUCUAGAUAUUUUAUUCAAUAAUAGCAUGUGAAUAUUGGCUUGUACAUUAUUACUUUGCCUGACUACGUGGGCCCAAGUAUGCCAUCAGUCAAACCAUUGUUUCUUGACUGUUAUUAUGGGGAGACUGCACUUACCACCCUCGUGCUUUUCCAUCUAAUAUUCUCCGUCUACCCUGCUGCAAGCGCCCUCUGAUAUAAAGCUAAGGCCUUAUCAAAGAGAAGGAGUCAAACAGAGAGAUGGAGGAAGUAGAGGUACCAAAACCAGUGUUGGUGCCAGUUUUAGGACAAAAGUGUGUUGGGAAUGUUUUUAGUUGUAGUUUGAGUGCAAGAGAGAAGAAACUGAUAUGUGUGACAAGUGGGAACUCUUACUUGGGUUCUUUUAUUGUCAAGGAGCUAUUGGCUCAUGGUUACCUUGUGCGAGUUACCAUUCAACACGAAGUGGAAUUUGAAGACGUGAAAGAUCUGAUAGGGGUGGAAGAGUUAAAUCUAUUGGAAAGUGUAGUGGUUACAAGGAUGGAAGAUUUAGAAAGUCUCUGUGCUGCUUUUAGAGGCUGCCAUGCUGUUUUUCAUACAUCCUCCUUCAUUGAUCCACAUGGGAUCUCUGGUUAUUCGGAAAAAAUGGCAUUUCUUGAGACUGAAGGGGCGAGGAAUGUCAUGGAAGCUUGUGCUAAGGCAGCCUAUAUAAAGAGGUGUAUCUUCACUUCUUCUUUACUCGCAUCUAUUUGGGAAAACAACAAUAUAGAGAAGACCAUAGAUGAGAGUUGUUGGAGCAGUGAAGAGUUUUGCAGAGAAAAUAAGUUUUGGCUUGCAUUGGGUAAGACCAAGGCUGAGAAGGUAGCUUGGAUGAAGGCAAGAGAUUCAAAAGUAAAACUUGUUACUAUCUGCCCUGGUCUUCUCAUGGCUCCCACAUUUCCAAAUGCUCACAGAGAAACUUCUAUACCUUACCUUAAAGGUGGGCAUAUCAUGCUACAACAAGGCCACUUAGCAAUUGCAGAGGUGAAGAAGGUGGCUGAAGCCCAUGUUCAUGUUUAUGAAGCCAUGGAUUACGGAGCUUGUGGACGAUAUUUUUGCUUUGAAGAAGUAGUGAGAAGACCAAGUAAGGCCAUUGAGCUUGAAAAUGGGUUGAAGAAGCAGGGUUUGCUGUUAGGAGAUAGACAUGUGCUCUUAUCAGAAGAAGAAGAAAUUCCAAUCAAAAUUAGCAAUUCAAAGCUUGUGACCCUCUUAUUUAAGGCCUCUCAACGGUUGUCUUGUAAAAGUUGAAACCUCAUUGUCGCAACAUUUUGUUGAGAAAUUUUCUUUUACACCCAUUCAAUUGGAGAGAGAGAGAGAGAGCUCUUAAAAAGAGCAUGGAAAUUCAAUGAA